AUGUGGUUAUUUUCAAACAAGUCUUCGAAUGGCGUAACCACCGCUAGUUCGAUAAGUGCUGUCCUCGGCGUCGGCAGCGGUUCUGGUAGUGAUGAUCCGCUUGCAGGGUACACCCUUGAUUCACCUACCUCCGACGAGGGCUUCAGCGGCCCAUUCGAUCUUCACUGGUCUCGUCAAUCAGCUACUCACCGGAAAACUGGCGAACGUGCUACUGUGUUUUCUUGCCACCUGCCACCAUCCACACGGGACAUUGCUCUGACCACCUUAGCACAGGUUUCAAAAAAGAUGAAGACUCUUCGCCACCCUAACAUCCUCAACUGGGUGGCGGGAACUGAGGCCACUGGAGCAUCAAAGGCUUCCGUCUUUCACAUUGUUACCGAAUAUGUCGUGCCCCUGAGUGAGUAUUUGCGUGGGCAGGCAGACAGCAGCAAUUUUACCUAUCUGGCAUCCUGGGGUAUCUAUCAGGUGACUCGAGCUCUUGGUUUUCUAAACGACGACUGCCAACUCUCGCACAAUGCUGUCUGCGCGUCGUCCGUUUAUGUGAACCGCUCGGGCGAGUGGAAGCUCGGGCGGCUUGAUUUUUGCACUCCGCUCAGUGAAGCUGGCCAACAGGCGGUCAACAUUCCCAGACCUGCAGCUUACAGUGCCCCCGGUGGACAUUACGUCGACGCCUGGGGUCUCGCGUGCCUGAUUUACGAAGUGUUCAAUCCCGAGCGUCUAACCGAGCCGGCCCAACUCGCUUCCAAGCAAAGCCUCGAACGCCUCCCCAAGCAACUCGUGACUGCGUAUCGGCGCCUUCUGUCCACCCGGAUACCCCUCACCACAUCGCGCGCUCGCUCGCCCUUCUCGGCUUUUCUCAAGGUCAAUUUCUUCAAAAACGACUACAUUUCCACCCUGGUUUUUCUCGAGGAGAUUCAACUCAAAGAGAAGGAGGAAAAGUCGGAGUUUCUGGCUGGUUUGGGCCAACGGGCCGUGGGAUUGUUCCCAGAUGAUAUCUGCCGCUACAAGAUCCUCCCCCACUUGGUAAACAGCCUCAAAUUCGGUUCCGCUGGUGUGGAGGCUCUCGUCCCGGUGCUCGAACUUGCCCACCUCCUGUCACCCGCCGACUUCGACGUGGUCGUGCUUCCGGGUCUGGUGCGGCUCUUCGCGGCCCCGGAUCGCGCCACGCGCGUUCGACUUCUUGACCAGUUGCCGCGUUUUGUCGAGAAACUUCCCCGGGCCGUGGUCGAGAGUCAAAUCUUUCCUCCGGUCUCCGCGGGUUUUUCAGACGCAAACCCAUUGGUUCGCGAGGCCACCAUCAGAGCCAUGGUCCACCUGGCUCCCACGCUGCCCCCCAAAAUCCUCAACGAUGCCCUAAUACGCCAUCUAAUUAACCUGCAGUGCAAAGACGACCAGGGUGGUAUUCGAACCAAUGCUACUAUCUGCCUCGCCAAGUUGGCCUGUCGUAUGGAGCCGGGAGUAAGACGCGGGCCUCUUUUGAAUGCUCUCCUGCGAGCUACCCGUGAUCCCUUUGCCCCGAGUCGUCAAGCGGCCGUCACCAGUCUUGCUGCCUGUCAGGCCUUCUUUUCAACACAAGAGUUGGCGGGGAAGGUAAUCCCCUGUUUAUCCUUUGUGGCCGUUGAUGCAGAAAAGGACAUCCGCGAGACAGCCCUGAAAGUGUUGCGUGGGAUGCUGGAUCGCCUGGAAAGGGUACGUUUGCCCACUGCUCUGCAACCGCCUGUUUCGGUCCAGUCGUUUUUGCCUUAA